AUGGCCAAGCAAGUCAAGCCGCCCUCGGACCCGGAGCUCGCGGCCCUGCGCGAGGCCAAGAUCCUGCCCAUCGUCCACCAGCUGCGCGACGCAGACCCCAAGUCGCGCUCCGCCGCCGCCGCCGCCAUCGCAAACAUCGUCCAGGAUCCGCGCUGCCGCAAGCUGCUGCUCCGCGAGCACCUCGUCCACACCAUCCUCACCCAGACCCUGACCGAUGCCGCCCUCGAGAGCCGCGCUGCCGGCUGGGGCGUUCUUCAGCUCCUGGCCCACGAGGAGGAUGCCGAUUUCGCCCUUCAUCUCUUUAGGCAGGAUGUCCUGACGCCCAUGCAGUAUGCCGCCAAAACUAUGGUGGAAAAAAUCCAAUCCCAGCAACCGGCCUUCUCCACCCUGCCCAAGGCCGAGCAGGGCUUCGUCGCCAGCAUCGCCGCCUCCCUCGUCUCCCUCCUGACCGCCCUCGCCGAGGCGGGCGACGACAUCUUCGACGCCGUCGCCGCAAACCCUGUCCUCUCGCGCCUCCUCCUCGUCCUCGUGGCCCACACGCCGCAGGCCGACGCCGACGCCGUUGUUGACCUUCGCACCGACGCCCUCGCCUGCCUCAUGAUGCUCUGCGAGGACAACGCGCCCCUCGCCAGCAGCUUUGCCUCACCCGAGGGCAGCCUGUGCUUCCAGGCCAUGAUGGCCCUCAAGGACCACGUCACCGGCGACGGCAUCCUCGCCUGCGCCACCUUGCACAACCUCUUCGCGUCGCUGGCCGCCUCCAAAGACGCCCCGGCGCUUCUCGACGCAGACGACUCGGUGCUGAUCCCAACCCUUGCAAAGGCCCUUUCCGCAACCCCAACACAAGCCACGCUCGACGGCGCUGGCUGGUCCAGUCCCCUGGAGCAGCAACAACUCGCCCUGGAAACGCUCGCCUCCAUCGGCACGAGUUUGACGGAGUCGUCGGUUGGCGACGCUGCUGCUUCACCGCAGAAGCAGCAGCACUUUGAAACCAUCAGGGACGACGAAGACAUGGGCGACGCCGACGUGCCCGGCUCAGAUGAUGAAGAUGGCGAGAGCGGGCAAGAAAGGGAGGAGGAUGGGGAGAACGACGACGACGAGAUGGGCGAGGACGAGAUGAUGGCCGACAUGGAAAUGGUCACCGGCGCCGAUGGCGACGGCGGCGCAGACGCAGACGACCUGCCCGUCCUCAGAGCCCUUCUCCAAACAGCCCUACCGCAACUCAUCCGCCUCGCCAGCCACGACCCCGGCAACAACGACGACGUCAGCGCCCAGCUGCGAGGCCACGCGCUCUCGGCCCUCAACAACAUAGCCUGGUCCGUCUCGCUCUUCGACUUCUCCGACGACCGCAACGCCGGCAUCCAGCGCGCGUGGCGGCCCGUCGCCUGCUCCCUGUGGCAGCAGGUCGUCUCGCCCAUCCUCGCCACCGACACGGCCGACGUCGGCCUCGCCGCCCAGGUCACAGGGCUCGCCUGGGCCGUGUCUCGCGGCCUGGCCGGGCGCGUAUCCCUCGGGCCCGGCGAGCAUCGCAAGUUCAUCGCUCUCUACCAGGCGACCAAGGGCCUGGAGCCGCAACAAGGCGCCGCCGCCGCCGACGACGACGACCCCUUCCAAAGCCUGGGCGUCAAGUGCGUCGGCGUCCUCGGCCAACUGGCCCUCGACCCGGCGCCUCUCGACGUCAACCGCGAAAUCGGCACCUUUCUCCUCACCCUCCUCGCCGCCCUGCCCGCCACCCCGCCCGCCCCCGCCGUCGAGGCCCUCAACCAACUCUUCGACGUCUACGCCGACGAGGCGCACGCCUGCGACGCCGCAGUCUUUUGGAAGGACGGCUUCCUCGCCCACCUCGAGGCCGCCCUGCCCAAGGUCCGCGCCAUGGUCAAGGCCAUUGACAAGAAGUCGGCCGCCGAGCUCAAGGCCAGGGCCGACGAGGCCAUCGUCAACCUCGAUCGCUUCCUUGCCUACAAGAGGAAGCAUCAGCCGUGA